GGGAGAGCGGAUAUAGUGAAUGCAGGGUCCGGGGAGACCGGAUAUAGUGAAUGCGGGGUCCGGGGAGAGCGGAUAUAGUGAAUUCAGGGUCCGGGGAGAGCGGAUAUAGUGAAUGCAGGGUUCAGGGAGAGUGGAUAUAGUGAAUGCAGGGUUCAGAGAAAGCGGAUAUAGUGAAUGCAGGGUACGAGGAGAGCGGAUAUAGUGAAUGCAGGAUCCGGGGAGAGCGGAUAUAGUGAAUGCGGGGUCCGGGGAGAGCGGAUAUAGUGAAUGCAGGGGUCCGGGGAGAGCGGAUAUAGUGAAUGCGGGGUCCGGGGAGAGUGGAUAUAGUAAAUGCAGGGUCCGGGGAGAG